AUGUCCAUGAUUGCAGCUUUCUACAACAACAAAUCCAUUCUCAUCACUGGGGCCACAGGCUUCCUGGGCAAGGUGUUAAUGGAGAAGCUGUUGCGCACCAGCCCCAGCCUGAAAGUCAUUUAUAUCCUUGUGAGACCCAAGGCUGGCCAAAGCCUCCAGCAGAGAACCUUUCAGAUCCUUAACAGCAAGCUCUUCGAGAAAGUGAAAGAAGCAUGUCCGGACGUUCACAAGAAGAUCGUGCCCAUAGCUGCAGAUCUCAACCACAGCGACUUGGGCAUCAGCGAGGAGGACAUGCAGGAGCUCCUGUCCUGCACCAACAUCAUCUUCCACUGCGCAGCCACCGUGCGCUUUGAUGAAAACCUCAGACAAGCCGUGCAGCUGAACGUCACCGCCACACAGCAGCUGCUGCAGAUGGCCAGUCAGAUGCCGAAGCUGGAGGCCUUCAUCCACUUCUCCACUGCCUUCUCCAACUGCAACCUGGAGCAUAUUGACGAAGUCAUCUACCCAAGUCCUGUGGAGCCGAAGAAAAUCAUCGCAUCCAUGGAGUGGUUAGAUGACAAGAUUAUUGACGAUAUCACUCCCAAACUCAUCGGGGAUCGGCCCAACACAUACACCUACACCAAGGCCUUGGGGGAGACCGUGAUCCAGCAGGAAGGCCAAAACUUGAACGCGGCCAUCAUCAGGCCCUCCAUCGUGGGUGCCACCUGGCAGGAGCCCUUCCCGGGUUGGGUUGAUAACCUAAAUGGACCCAGUGGAUUGAUUAUUGCCGCUGGGAAAGGGUUCCUGCGGUCCAUUCGCGCAAACCCCAUGGCUGUGGCGGAUGUGAUUCCAGUGGACACGGUGGUGAAUCUUACCCUUGCAGUGGGCUGGUACACUGCAGUCCACAGACCUAAAACAACAUUAAUCUACCACUGUACAUCUGGGAAUUUCAAUCCAUGUAAAUGGACCAAGAUGGGAUUCCAAGUCUUGGCAACCUUUGAAAAAGUCCCAUUUGAGAAAGCUUUCAGAAGACCAAAUGCUGACUUCACAACCAACAACUUCUCAAUACAGUACUGGAACGCAGUGAGCCACUGGGCCCCAGCCAUCAUCUACGACUUCUACCUGCGACUCACCGGAAGGAAACCCAAGAUGACAAAGCUCAUGAAUCGCCUGUUGAGAACCAUCUCCAUGCUGGAGUACUUCAUCAACCGAAGCUGGGAGUGGAGCACAAACAAUACCGAAAUGCUGAUGUCAGAGCUAAGUCCUGAAGACCAGAGGGUAUUCAAUUUUGAUGUGCGCCAGCUGAACUGGUUGGAAUACACUGAAAAUUAUGUGUUGGGAGUUAAGAAAUACCUACUGAAAGAAGAUAUGGCUGGAAUCCCAGCAGCAAGGCAACACUUAAAAAGGCUCCGAAAUAUUCACUACCUCUUUAACACAGUCCUCUUCCUCAUCAUCUGGCGUCUUCUCAUCACCCGGUCUCAGAUAGCACGGAACAUCUGGCUAUUCAUUGUGAGCUUCUGUUACAAGUUCCUCUCUUACUUUAGGGCCUCCAGCUCUCACAAGGCCUAAGAAUGUUCAACAACCACCUUUUCUCUGAAACCUCUCCUCAGAUACCUCUAUAUCAGCAAACUGUGAUACUUCAGAUCAGGAAAUAAGAAGGAACCCAAGUGGUCAAAUGGUUAUACAUUGGCUCCUACAUCUUCACUGUAUAUUCUUUUUAUUCCAGUGACAAAAGCAAGCUAUAGUUUGUCUUCACAUAUUUUUGGGGAGGCAGGGAAGCCUCAAUUAUUUCCUAGCAUCUAUUCUACACUCUUGCAUAUUAAGCAUGAAAGUGCCCACAUUUCUCUGCAUUUCUCUUACCUU